CCUUCCUUCAAAUUAAAGUAUUAAAACCCCCCAAAAUCUGUCAUUUUCUCACCAAAUCUCAAACAAUGGCCAUCAAAAAUUCUCAUUCCUUUCUCUUCUUCUGUUCUCUCAUCAUCUUCCUCCAGCAUCUAACCGGCCUUCAAGCCAUCGGCGUCAACUAUGGAAUGUGGGCAGACAACCUCCCCAACCCAGCUCAAGUCGCCCAGUUCGUCCGGGAUCGUACCUCUAUCGAUCGGGUCAAAAUAUUCGACUCCAACCCGGAAGUUAUCAGGGCUUUCGCAAAUACCGGUAUCCUCCUCUCAAUCACAAUCCCUAAUGGAGAUAUCCCUUCCCUCGCCAACACAAGGGUCGCCCGUCGAUGGAUCCGAUCCAACGUUAAACCCUUUUACCCAGCCACCAAGAUUCACUAUCUCCUCGUUGGAUCCGAAGUUCUUCACUGGGGAGAUCAAAACAUGGUUUCCAAUCUCGUAUCCGCUAUGAGAUCUGUUCACGCAGCCCUCGUUGUAGAAGGUCUCGGAGAAAUCAAGGUGACUACACCCCAUUCACUUGGAAUCUUGGCUAGCUCAGACCCGCCGAGUAAAGCCAGUUUCAGGCAGGGGUGGGAACAGAACGUGCUUGCCCCCAUGCUCCGAUUUCAUCGGCAGACCAAGUCUCCAUUUAUGGUGAAUCCAUACCCGUAUUUCUCAUGGAGCCCUAAUCAAACCCAAUUCACCUUAUUCCAAUCGAACCCGGGAGUUCUUGACCGGUUUACUGGAAAGAAGUAUUAUAACGUGUACGAUAUGCUUCUAGAUGCGGUUUAUUCGUCAAUGAAGAAACUCGGGUAUGGAGAUGUGGAGAUAGCCGUGGGUGAAGUCGGAUGGCCUUCGUACGGAGGACCCAAUUUGAAGCACUGUACAGUUGAGAAUGCCAGGUGGCACAAUUUGAAUGUCAUGAAGAAGGCGGAUUCCGGCGUCGGGACUCCGCUUAUGCCCGGCCGGAAAUUUGAGACUUAUAUUUUCGAGUUGUUUAAUGAGAAUCAGAAGCCGGGUAAUGAUGAUGAGAAGAACUUCGGGUUAUUUCGACCCGAUAUGACGGCGGUUUAUGAUAUCGGUAUCACGCGUGGUUCUCAGACUGGAGGCGGGGCUUCGGCGGGCAAACAAUGGUGUGUUCCGAAAGCGGGCGUUAGCGAUGCGGCCCUGCAGGCAAACAUAAACUGGGCAUGUAAAGAAGGAGGAGUAGACUGUUCGCCGAUCACGAAGAAAGACGCAGAUUGCUAUGAACCAAACAAUGUGAGAUCACACGCAGCUUAUGUAAUGAACGCCUACUAUCAGGCCAAGGGUCACCAGAGUUUCAACUGCGAUUUCUCUCAAACCGGCACUGUAACCUUCACCGAUCCAAGUACUGGAAAAUGUAAAUUUGUUGCAUGAAAAGCUAGAGGGGUACAAGUAUAGGAUGCUUUUCUUGGCAAAUUAUUAUUAAUUUAUUUUGGUCUUUUUAUUCAAUCUCCAUCUACUUACUUGUAACUGAUCGAAUUAUUAUUAUUAUUAUUAUUAUUAUGUAUGGAAUUGGGAUGUAGACUUGUCUCUAACUUAUU